AUGAGCUCGAAAUCAUCAGACCCGAUCGAAGUCUGCGCCAAAGAAUCUGUCACCACUCCCAACAAGCUCGGUGACUGUCCAUUCACUCAAAGGGUUCUUCUUACAUUGGAAGAAAAACACCUUCCGUAUGAGUUAAAGUUGGUUAAUUUCAAGAACAAACCUGAUUGGUUGUUGAAGAUAUCUCCAGAAGGUAAAGUGCCCUUGAUCAAGCUAGACGAGAAGUGGAUUGCCGAUUCGGAUGUUAUAACGCAGGUGUUAGAGGAAAAGUUCCCUGAACCCUCGCUCGUUACACCCCCUGAGAAAGCUUCAGUUGGUUCAAAGAUCUUUUCGACCUUUAUUGGGUUUCUUAAAAGCAAAGACCCCAGUGAUGGAACAGAGCAGGCUUUACUGGCUGAGCUGGGCUCCUUCAACGAUUACCUUGCAGAAAAUGGCCCGUUUAUCAAUGGGAAAGUGAUAUCUGCAGCAGAUUUGUCCCUUGCACCUAAGCUAUAUCACCUUGAAAUUGCUUUGGGACAUUACAAGAAGUGGUCUAUCCCAGCUUCACUUACGCCUUUGAUUUCGUACAUGAAGGUAUGUUGA